AUGGUGAAGGACUUUACGCUGUUCAUGGACAAGCCCGAACUGAACACCUGGGACAGGGUGUGGAACCGCAACCUCUUCGUCACCGGCGGCGACUCCUGGAAGCGCAUCAGAACCAUUGUCAGUCCGACCUUCACUUCGGGCAAACUGCGCGCCAUGCACCUGAUGAUGGAUCAGUGCGUGAAGGUGCUGAUUGGCAAUCUGGAACAGGUCGCCAGCAGUCCGUCAGCAGUGAUCAACGCCAAGGACAUCUUCACUGGCUUCACCAUUGAUGUCAUCGCCUCGACCUGCUUCUCAACAGCGACUAAUGCCACCACAGCAGCAGCGAGCCCCUUUGUAAAGCACGGCGUCGGCCUCUUCAGCUUCAUGCCGCUGAAGACCUUCUCCGCGACGCUCCUACCUCGAUGGUUCAACAGCCUCAUUGGCAAUCGGUCCACCUUUGAUCCGGAGCACUUUGAUUUCUUCGCCAACCUAGUCAAAGAAGUCGUAAGGCAGAGACAAUCGGGAAGUGAUAGUGGUCGUGGAAACGACUUUAUACAGCUGUUGAUUGAUGCCGCCAGGAGUGAGGGGCAAGCUGAAAAUGACCUGACAAAAAGUACGCUUAUCACUGAGGCGGAAAUCAUCGGACACUUCGAAACGACCUCGAGCACCAUCACCCACCUGCUCUUUGAGCUGGCGCACAACCCCGCCAUUGAGGAGCGCCUUCGCGGCGAACUGGAGGCCAAACUGGGCCACUUUGGCAAAGACCAAGUCACCUCCAAUGAGUACUUCGACACGGUGAUGAACCAGCUGCCGUACCUGGAGGCGACCAUCAAGGAGACGCUGAGGCGAUAUCCGCCCCUCAUUCAGGUGGAACGACGCCUCAAGGAGGGCGUGACCGGGUACAAACUGGGCGAAGAGGAGGAAGGCGGCGGCGGCGGCAUUCCCCUGGAGGCGGGCACCUCCGUCAUCAGCUGCGUCUACUCGGUGCACAACAACCCGCAGUACUACCCCCAGCCGGACCGUUUCCGCCCGGAGCGAUUUCUGCCGGAGAACCGGCACCACCUGGUCCCCUACGCCUUCCUGCCCUUCGGGGCGGGACCGAGGCAAUGUCUGGGCAUGCGUUUCGCCUAUCAGGAGAUGAAGCUGCUGCUGGCGCAGCUGCUCAGGCGCUUCAGCUUUGGCCUGGCGGAAGGUACGCCACGGUCGCUGCGAUUCAACGAAGGGUCGCUCUUUCUGACGCCGCAGCCCUUUCAGUUGAAGGUGGUGGAGCGGCUGGUGGUGGAGCAGUGA